ACUCUUUAGUUGAAUACGUCUUGUCGCUUAGCAUAACGGUAAACGCAGCUGUGUAUUGAUUUUACUUUUCUGCAUUCCUUUAUGUAUUUUCAAGAUCAUCGUAAAACUUUUUAAUAUCCACUUUGUAUAUUCUAUUUAUUUAUUUACUUGAUUAAAUAAACAAAUAAAAACUAUUUACAUAGAUAAUAACACAAGUGUGGAAUAAAAAAAAAGGUUUUAGGGAUGAAGGUCAUCGGAUUAUUAUUCUUUUUGUUGGUUCACGCUCGGUCGCAACUCAUAUUCCCAGACGAAUAUGAGCCAACACAAUCUCUUCCAAUAAGUCCUACACGAAAUCGUUAUCCAUUCCCCACGUUAAAUUAUCCUCUUACUUCCUCCGCUCCUUUCGGCGUGCCUGGUCCUCACUACAACCGACCGAAUUCGUUUAAUUAUGCAACUACAAAAACAUCAGUUCCACCAUUACAAGAUAUUGCUGUUAACAAUGAAGAUAAAUAUUGGACAAAUCAUGUAAAUAAUAUCCUUUCUCAAGGAAUUACUCGGUUUGCUCUACAUUUGGACCGUGCUAUUGGGAGAAACCAAGGAAGAACUUCUGUCGACCGUGACAAUGUCAUAUUUUCUCCAUUAAAUAUUGCUAGCGCAUUAGCAGUAGUUCUUCUUGGUUCUGCAGGAAAAACUUUUGAGGAAACUGCAAAAAUCCUCGGACUUGAAGCAGGAAUUGACAUAUCCGGACAUUCAGAAAUUGUACAUCAAAUGUUUGGUAUCUUGUUGAAUUCAAUUAAUUUAAAGUCCCAAGCAUCUGGCAUUCCACGUAGUCCUGAAGUUGUUGUUGCUGGAGGCAUUUUCGUCCAAGAGGGAUAUCCUAUACGUCCAGAGUUUUCAUCUAUUGCUAGAAAUAAUUACAAAAAUGAUAUUAUCAGUGUAGACUUUCAAAAUCAGCAGAAAGCUGCACAAAAUUUAAUAAAUAACUGGGUAAAGUCUAGAACAAAAGACAAAAUAAGUAACAUUCUGCAGGAUGCACCUCGGACAGAUACUAAAGUUAUUCUUGCAUCAGCACUUUACUUUAAUGGCGAAUGGCAUCAGCAUUUUGUUGACACCGCUACAAAAAGAAAACCAUUUUUCCUCGCUUCGGGCCAAAGUGUUAUUAUUGAUAUGAUGUAUAAUGGAGGCCCGUUUCCGUUUUAUGAAGACAAACAAUUGGGAGUAAAAAUCCUUGGGCUACCAUAUAAAAGCAGUGAUCCUGAUGCGAUAAAAUUAAAACCAGACGGUUCAUAUCAGUUUGAAACAACAAUGUAUGUAUUAUUGCCAACUUCAUCAGAGGGAGAUGCUCUGGGUGAAUUAGAAUCUAAAUUGUAUCCAGCGGCUAUCAAUUCAUUAAUCAACAAUAUGAAGAACGAAACUUGUAUAAUUGCGAUGCCCAAGAUGAAACUUUCAAGCACAUUGAGCUUAAACACUGCUCUCCAGUCACUUGGACUUACUUCUCUCUUCACUCCAGGAGUUGCAAAUCUAGGAUUAUUGUCUCCUGGCGUGAACGUUACGAACUCUGAUGAUUUCAUUUUCUCAAGAAUCAAUGCUGAAAAGAGCACCACACCAAGCGCCACGCCACGAAAGGAUUUCAGCGACCGAAAAGGUUAUUUCAGGUACGAAGAUUCAGUUGGUGGAUAUUCCGUCCAACAAUGGAAUAAUGGUUUUUAUCUCGAAAAAAUUCGUAGAGCCAACCGUAAAAAGAGGGAAACAUUAGAAGGUACAAAGAAUAGAGCAGUGGAGAGUGAUCGUUAUUCCUACACAAUAUCCAACCGAAAUAAAGAUCAACUAGAGACGAUUGGUCUAGGGGAGAAUAAAUAUAGCCUUCAGCCAUCUCAACGUAAUAAAAGACAAGGUCGUCCCAUUGAUGACGACUUCGUGAGGUUUAUUGAGUCUAAAAAGUUUCCAUCUUCUGGACUUGAUGCUUUAAGAAACAGUCCAAACUUAGCCAAUCCUGGUUUGUAUGCAUCAGAUGUUCUCCAUAAAGUAGAAAUAGAUAUUACGGAAACAGGAACGGUCGCAGCUUCGGCUACCGGAAUCAUUCUUCGAAGGUCCGGUGAUCAAAAGAGAUUCAUAGCUAAUCGACCAUUUAUAUUCUUUAUUAGGCAUGACCCCUCUAACUUAAUUCUAUUCUGGGGUACUGUGAAUAAACCUACCCCUAAUUAUACAUAAAAUUUAUUGUAAAUAAUUACAGUUUAUCAAUAUUUAUAUUUUUUACGACACAGAUUAAUUCUAUGAUUAUUUUAUUAAAUCCAAAGUUUAAUCUCAUUUGUCUUAAAUAUUGAUAAGGAGUAUUUGUUUCAAAUGUAUCACAUGUAUGACAUUGCUUUUAUAGAACCCUUCAAGUGUAUAUAUGAUAACUCAGAACAUUUUUCAACGAUUAAUGGGUUUCCGGUUUUAUGUAUGCCGUACCACCGUAGUUUCAUUUCUACCUCAGAAGUAUGAAAUAAAUCCAUAUUUCAGACUUCAUAUUCUAUUGUAAUAAUAAUAGUAAUAUUUUUUAAAAGCUU